GAAAUCCCAUGGCAGCUCGUUCAUUCGCUCCCCAACUGCGAAGCUCAGAACAAUAAGACGGCAUGCACUUUAGUGGACCGUCGGCCGUGUUUACCGCUCUGCUGACGCUGGUGGCCUUUCCUGCCCUGAUUGAGGCCACCUCUACGGAGCUCUUCGGGGACAUACAGAAUCCGGGCGAGUUUGAGUCACUAAGUCUGACCCGCGAACGCCAGCAACAUCUCUGCCAUCGCGAGGUGCCCACUGUGUUUUUCCAAACCGAGAAGGAUUCCGUGGAGCGCGGUAAUGGAUCCACCAUUUUCUUUCAUCGCAUAGAGAUUUGUUGUGCCGGCUACCGUCGAGAUCAGUAUUCCGGCGAUUGUGUGCCGGAUUGCUCGGAAACUUCCCCGGACAACUGCCGCAAUGGCUUUUGCCGCAGUCCGGGAAACUGUGAGUGCUUCGAGGAGUUUGUUCGCAACGAGCAUGGGGCCUGCAUCCACACCUGUCCGAUUGCGUGUCAGAACGGAAGGUGCUACUUGAACGGCACUUGUGCUUGUCACCCUGGCUUCGUCCUGGAUCAGGAUACCCGCCAGUUCUGCCGACCACAAUGCUCGCAGACAUGUGGCACCCACGAGGAGUGUGUGGCCACGGGUCAGUGCGACUGCUCCCCCGGCUACCGACGAACCCCUGACCUGGGAUGUCAGCCCGUCUGCGCUCCGGACUGCGGAUUCGGCAAGUGCGUGGCGCCCAACCAGUGCGAGUGCUUCGCCGGAUUCAUAAAGCGUCCUAACCGGAAUGUCUGUGAGGCGGAGUGCUACCUAAAUUGCGAGAAUGGAUUCUGCGAGUCGAUAUACAAGUGCCACUGCCGAGAGGGAUAUCGCUACGACCUGAACACCACCAGCUGUUUGCCGCAGUGCGUCGACAAUUGUGGCCAAGGGAAUGGAGUGUGCAUUGCACCCGGAGUUUGUCGCUGCUUUGGAGGAUACGAGGCCCACGGCACCGGAUGUCGGCCCAAGUGUGAGAGAUCCUGCGGCAAAUACGGUCACUGUCUGAGUCCCGAAAUCUGCGGCUGUGGCCAGGGUGAGCAGCAUUGCCUGAAUGGAAGAUGCGACGAUGUGGGCCAUUGUAAUUGUCCGGCGGGGGAAACCCACACCAUCGAUCGCUGUUGGAAGCCAAACCACUUCACCGAGCAACUCUACACCAGCGAGAAGAGAAAGCACUUCAAUAGCCAGCUAGCCUACGAGUUCAAUGCCCUGAUCGGACGUCUAUUUAAUUUCAACUAAGAAGAAACAAUAAAGAUUGGAAGUCCCACUUA